CGUAUUCUCAAAAAUUUACGAAAUCAAACAAAUCAAAAGAUGAAUCUAAUUAAACCAAAUAUGCAGACAGAGUCAGCAGCUAGGCUAGAUUUUUAUAUUAUAGAAGAAUACAAAUAUUUAGAAUUAAAAACGCAACAUUUUAUGUUCAACUGGUUAAAAUUAGCGGAUACUAGUCUAUUCACAGAGAGAAGAACGGGGAGCGUAAAAACACAACCUAAACAGCCUCUCUUCGGGUCAGGGACAGUACAAAGUCUAUUCAGACGCAAGUGGAUAGAACAUGAAAAGGACAAUACUCGUAUUUACAAUUACCAUGUCAACUGUUCAAUUGAAAAUGUUUGUUUCGUUUUGUUCAUCUCGAAGGGAGUCAUGCCGAUGGGAAGAGAAAGUAAAAAGGACCUAAAAAUCUAAACUAAAAUUUACGAAGAAGAGAAGUAAACUAAGGUAGAAAAUCGACUUGAAAUGGAAAUUAAUGGAGGAAUAAAAAUAAAAAAUAAAAAAUUUAAUAGAAGAAAAUUAUCUACUUUCUAGAGACUAUACUAAAACAUUUAUGGUUUAACUUACCAGACCGCAAAAUUUAGUAGUUGCUCACAGAUUUUACUGCAACACA